ACCUUGAGCAAUUAGGGUCUUCCACGUGGCAUUCUGCACUGAUGACAAUGUCCCUGUUAAUGACGCGUAAGAAAACGUUACGCGUUUUUUGGUUACCCUUCGUCUAAGCAUUCAAUUCAAUUGUCAAUACAAAAGCUGCUACUACUACAAGAUCCCCAAUUUCUCACACUUUUCAUCCAUUUCUAUAGAUAUUUCUGAAGUACUACAUCGAAUUCUGCAAAUUCGAAGAGGGUCUUGGAUUCUGAAAGAUGGGAGGUGGCAAGGACAAGCAUGAUGAAUCUGACAAAGGAAUUUUUUCAAACCUUGCUCAUGGGGUAGCUAAUGCAUCACAUGGUGGACAUGGGUACCCACCUGGGGCUUACCCACCCCCACCUGGGGCAUACCCUCCACAUCAAGGGUACCCUCCACAACAAGGCUAUCCUCCAGCAGGGUACCCUCCUGGUGCCUACCCUCCUGCUGGUUACCCACCAGCUGGUUAUCCUGCUUCAUCACAUGCUCCUGGGCAACAUGGACAUGGGCAUGGCGGUAUGGGAGCAAUGCUUGCUGGGGGUGUAGCCGCUGCUGGUGCUGCUUACGGUGCUCACCAUGUCGCUCAUGGUUCUCAUGGGUCUCAUGGCCACUAUGCACAUGGUGGUCACAUGCCCCAUGGAAAAUUCAAGCAGCAGGGACACGGGAAGUUCAAGCAGCAUGGACAUGGGAAGUUCAAGCAUGGAAAACAUGGUGGGAAGUUCAAGCAUGGAAAAGGAAAACAUGGAAAGUUUGGCAAGCAUGGUGGUGGGUUCAAGAAGUGGAAGUGAUGAUUGUAUAUGCUAAACCGUGACCCUAGAAUGCUGCUCUGUGUAGAGCUUUUUGCUUUUGCUUUAUAAUAAACCAUACUUGGGAUGAUGAUGUAACCAAUCCAUCUACGAAACUAUGAUUAUACCUGGUUUCUUCUUUUGUUUUUUUCUUUUUCUUUUUACUCCUAUUAAUAUUGUUGGCAUUUUAUGACUUAA